UAUAAUAGAACUAUCCAUAAAAUUUUCCAAUUAUUCUUUUAUUCCUUCUUCAAAGAUCCUUUCCCUCUCUGUCUCAGAUAAAUUACAUUGCACCUACAUUUCUUAGAACAAUCAUUCACAACUCUUUCUCUUCCGUCACCAAAACCAAAUGAAAUAAAAACAAAAAUUGAAAAAGAAAAAAAAAACAAAAAACAAAUCUCAGUUCCCCUCAGCUCAAAAUUUUGGAUUCAAUAAUCUCUCGCCGCAUGGGAUCGCGGUAAUUGGAUCAGAUCGGAUCCACCGUGCCGACGAUGGCGGCGCCGAGGAACUUGACGGCGUUAAAAGACGAAGAGAGCGGCAUGGAGCUGGAAGAUGAUUCCCCUGCUGCCAAAAAACCUAAAUCGGAGAGAUUCCCACUCAACACAUGGGAAUUCGCCGUCGCCGUUGCCGUUUUCUUCGUCUUCUCCACCGGUCUUGUUUGUAUUUACCUCACCAUGCCAUCCGCAACUUCCGCCAACCUCAAAUUGCCUCGUACCCUCUCCGAUCUUCGCGCGCUCAAAGAUCAAUUUUCAACGUAUGCGAAUGAGAAUCCAGUACAGUUUAUUGUUGUGUAUUGUUCAACGUAUAUCUUUAUGCAGACGUUUAUGAUUCCAGGAACGAUUUUCAUGUCGUUGUUAGCUGGGGCUCUUUUUGGAGUUGUUAGAGGAAUAAUGUUGGUUGUUUUUAAUGCUACUGCUGGAGCAUCUUCUUGCUUCUUUUUGUCUAAGUUAAUUGGGAGACCUAUUGUUACUUGGUUGUGGCCUGAAAGGAUGAGGUUUUUCCAAUCAGAGAUAGCAAAGCGUAGGGAUAAGCUGCUGAACUACAUGCUUUUUCUGAGGAUAACCCCAACGUUGCCAAAUCUUUUCAUCAAUCUGGCAUCUCCAAUUGUUGAUGUACCAUUUCAUAUAUUCUUUUUCGCCACAUUGAUUGGCCUUAUUCCAGCCUCUUAUAUUACUGUCAGAGCUGGACUUGCUCUUGGAGAUCUAAAAUCAGUGAAGGAUCUAUAUGAUUUCAAGACAUUAUCAGUACUUUUCCUUAUUGGUUUUGUUUCUAUACUUCCAACAGUUUUGAAGAGGAAGCGGGUAUAUGAAUGAAAUCAUGCUUAACCCAUUUGUCGAAGGCCCGUUAUAGUGGAUCAGAGGGGAUAAUAGUUAACAAGAUAAGGGAAGUAUUAUUAUUAAUUGAAACAAUGGCUAAUGCUCCUUUUUAUUUCAAAUGGUGGAGCCUCUCUUUUUUACUCUUCUUCCAUUUUGAUUGCAUGGAGAGAGUUAGGGUAGACUUAGCUAGUGAUAUCAAUAUAUUCAGAGCUAUGGUGGAGCACUUGAAUUAUUCCUAAUAUGGCUUUGAUUUCAUGAGGAACAAAACAAUGAGUAGAAUGUUUAUUAAUGUUGUUGGUGCGUCCGUCUUGCACCAUAUAGGAGCAUACUUUACUUUGUAGUAUUCCUUGUUUAUCAUCAAUUAUUACGAGAUAUAAUAGAGAAGUUCAACUUUUAGUGAUUAA